CUAUUUAUGCGUAAAAAACAUUAAUAAUGUUUUACAGGUGAUAUUAUUCUUCGCUUGUUCAUUAUACCAACUUAUAUUCUUCCACUUUUUAUCAGCUUUCUCUUUCUACGGUGCCCUUACUCCGAAUUCGAAUCCACUUAUUAAGAUAAUAGAAAAAAAAGGCUAAGAAAUAACUCUAAUCUUAAUUUGGCAUCUAAUUACUAAUUACCACUACAAAUAAUUCAAUUCUUUAUUAAUAUUAGAUACACUAUUCACGAUCAUGAAAUAAAACGAUAUACUACGAUACGAUUCUUCCCGUCCCUAUCGUGUGGAAGGCUGAUUAAUGAAUCUACGGAAGAGUUUUUGUGGGAUUACCUGGAACAGGAAAAAAUAGGAGAGAUUAGGAGGCUAACGUUGCUGGUGACGUCUCUGAUCUUUAUCUCAUGCGGGAGUUGCAACAGGUAUGACCGCCUCAAAGACGUCCGCUCCUAAAUAAUGAUUGUAAAAGUAAUUCUAGCUAAGCAGCAGCUCGACAAGGCACAACAUACCAUUCUCAAUUUGAAGUAAAGGCCAAAAUACAACGCUACGCUUAAUGUAUAUAUCUCAAAAUCUAGAAAGACGGCCAUGACUACUUCCUGAAUAGAUAGCGUAUUAUUACAGCUACAACUUCAUCGGCUUCGCCAAAUAUAGUAUCGCAGAAUUGUGUUGCGUUAAUUUUUUGAUAUUUUAGCUGAAAGAUAUUUUACUUUAGUACAUGGUGCUUAUCACAUUAAUCACGAAACAUAAACGAUAUAUUAAAUGCAGCAUAGUUUAAAUAGCUAUAUUAAUUGCCUAUAAGGACGUAUAGUUAUAUUUCGUUCGAAGCUACAGAUUCUGUAAUAACGAAAGUACGAUGACCGCUGAAGAGAAAUCCGUUUAAAAAGGAAGGUCAAUCACUGGAAGGCCAACUUUGAACCUUCGACGAAGCGACGAAUCUAAAUUUUUCUUUCAAUAUUCGAAGAUCGUCGAAAAUCGUCGAAAAUAGUCGACAGAAACUUGUUCCUUUCUCGUAAGAAAUGGAUGAGACGAAAUUCGAUUUGCUUCGACCAGUUUCACUUUACGACAAUGCAACACUUGCGAUAUUAUAAAAUCCGUAAUUAUAUGAUCUUUUAUUUCUCUUUACCGUGUUAUUUAUAGACUAAACUACAGGAAUGAAACUUUGAAUUGGUGAUUUUCUGUCAUCGUAGAAACCAAAUCGACAUUGUCAUGGUCAGAGUUUGAUUAAUAUUCUACGAAGACUUUACCAAAGAGCAACAAAGAUACGCAAAGUAUCGCAACAACGUAAAAGUGCAAGUGCAUUUAUAAAACAAGCAACUACACUUCGUAACUGCAUUGUGCCUAUUUUUCACGCGAUUCACGUUUUAUUGGCACGUGCCGCGAAUAUAAUUCAUCGACGUUCAUGUUAAUGGCUUUCUCAACGCGAUAUCUGUCGAAAAUGUAACAUUAACUUUCGACCAGGUAAGAAAUCAUCAACGAUUGCAGAAGGCUGAUUAUAGGUAGUAGAAAAUUUGCAUUUUGCCAGUCAUUAUGGUUUUUGGAGGAGGCUGUGUAGGAUUACUAACGGAAAUUAUACGGUAGGACAGUAAAGUCUUGUAAUGGUAAAAAAAAGGAAAACGAAUUUCAGCACGACUGAGCAGCCAAUGACAGCGUUUGACGAAAGUUUUGCGCCGGAGAAAGAGAAACACUCCUCUAAUAGCAUGAAAUUUCUUUUGUGAAACUUUUAUGAUAGACUGUGCCGUCAAUUUCAGGCGAAUUCACGCAAAACCUCACCGUACACUUUGUAAGUCGUUGCAUCGUACGCGACUCUAUAGUCGAUUCCACUAAAUUAAUCAAUUUAUUUAACGAGUAUCAUAUACUGUGAUCAUCGUUGGUUCGUUGAAGUUUCUUAUGUACCUUCGUAAAAUUCAGUAUCUAUAUCGAUUAAACGUUCCUAAUAAGGUAUUCGUGGAAAAAGGAGAAAAUCUAUUUUUUGCAGCGUACCGAAAUGUUCUACGUAGAAAAGAAACUGAUACAAGAGACGACCGUUGUUUAAACAUCCUCAUCCGUUCUGUAUGAUAAAUCUGGUAUUACGUAAGCUUUACAACGUUAAUGAAUAACAUCUGGCUUCCUUCUUAUCCUACCUUCUUUUUAUACCAAACUCGAGAAAGAAGAAAUUUACAACUUUGUUUAGUAAUUUACCAUAUUAAAUUACGUUCUUGGUUUCCUUUGAGCACGUAUCAUUACCAUAUUUUAUAGACGUAGCGCAGACGGCCCUCGUACAGAAUAUACUGAAAUAUUUAUAAACCUAAAUAUAUCUUUUGUGAAUGUAUUUCAUCCGUUUUAAAAAAUACGAAGAAAACAGAGAAGUUUAACAACUCUCGUGUGGGAACUAUCUCGUCUUUCAAGAGAAACGAUCUCUCACUGCCUCUUUCAUUUUGUCAACGGGCAUGAAAUUAUGUUAACUAAGAAUCUACGUGACAAGUUGUAUUAAACAAGACGAGUAUCGGGCUAAGGUAGCCACCGUUAGCGCUCACUUUUCGAUAUGGGGAGGUUUCUCCCCACCAUUUUCUCGCACUUUCAUUACUACCGAGAUAUUCAGCCGGCAAAGCAAUUUUUCUACCACUGCUAGCCUCGUCGUCCUAGGUGAUUCUUGGGCGUCGAAUAAGAAGGAACCACACGGAAGGGAAGUCACACUGUCAGGAGUUGGAAGCCUAGUCCCAGAUCGUUCAGGCAGUCGUGCCGCGGAGUUCAUACUCUCUCCUUCCGUCCACUCUCGCUACUUUCUCAAAAGUAUGAUAACUAGGACGGGAGGGCCUCGAAACGAAGGGCCCAUCGCCGGAUGAAUCGGAAAAUGCAACCAGAAAGAUUCACGUGACUCUGAGAGGAGUUGAAGAGAUCAAGAUCCGUCGUUGUCGGCAUAGACGAGGAAGGCUAGCUGGGCAUCGACUGUGAUUACGAGUAUUUUUUCUGUGAUAGUUUACGAUUUCUAAGAUUUCCAGCGUGCACGGAAAACUCCGAUCGGAUAUUCAUCGAAACUACGUUAGCGAGAUGCGAGAUAGUUAGUUGAAGUUAAUCGACCUGUGGACGAUUCUAUUUCUCUAGUGAUUUGUGUAAAAGCAAUUGAGACAACGAUGAACCAAAAGUGGUAUCUCGUCGUUCUUUUCGCGAGCUUCGCGAUCUGCGGGGUGAUAGCUUCGACCGUUCCAGAGAAUUCAGUACGAGACUCUUUGGCGGACCAGCGAGUAAGAACUUUUACCGACGUCGAUAAGAUUCCGGAUAGAAAUUGGACCACGUUGUCGGAAGCGUUGGACCUCUUCGAUGUGCGUUAUCUUGCCAACAAUUGGACAGAAGGGAAAUACCCUGUUCAGGAGCAGUGUGCCAAAGAUAUUACGAGGUAUAUCAAAGGAUUGAAGAAUCACGAAGAUUGGGCUGUAAAAGCGAACGAUGCUUCAGGCAGAUAUACCAACGGCUUCCUAUGGGGAAACUCCUACUAUGUCGGUUCAGCUACCCAGUGUGCCUACAUCAACGAAGACUAUGGAAGAAAAAUAGUGAAAAUCCAAGAGAAACCGAUGGAGGAGGCGAAAGAGUUUAACAGCGAGCCGCAAAAAAGGCACGGCGGCCUCACUGAAAAUAAUCUCUGGACCGGGACAAGAUCGAAUAAGUCGCCUCACAAAUUGGGAUUUUAUAUGAUGACCAUUUCAGUGAAUACCACUUUAUUUCCUACGACAAGAAUGAUUUAUCUAGGAGUAUGUUUACCUUUCUCGUGCAACGCUUCCGACGUUUCUGUGAUAGCAAAACUCGCUGCCAGCGAACAAGCGAUGAAACAUUCGACGCUUCACAAGGUUCGAGAUCAGCAUGAUAUGUACGAUAUGUACGAGGACCCAGUCUUCUGGAUUCUAUCUGGUGUGACCGUUGUGGUUGUCUUGCUGAUGGCAAUUGGGACCGGAUAUGAUAUCUAUAUAACGAGAAAAUAUACUCGAGGAAGAAAAGUGAUUUACGAUUUGGAAAGGCACGCGAAACUUGACCAGUUAACUGGCAGAAGUCAAAAGUCUCUCAAUACUGCUUUUCAAGGUAAGGUCUACCUUCCUGUUCCAGCGGCAGAAGCUAUCAUCAACGGACCUCAAUCCUUAGCAGUUAAUAACAACAACGAUCACGAAGGUAGUCUACGCUCAGACAGUCCGAAAGUACAUAAAUUCAGUGUCUUCGAGGAGUUGCUGCUUUCUUUCUCGGUUCGAGCUAAUGUAAAAAUUAUUUGUGACGAUAAAGUCGGAGGUGAUACGAUCAGUACCAUUCAUGGCCUCAGAGCGAUAUCUAUGGCCUGGGUUAUUCUCGGUCACACUUGCAUUAUCAUCUUCAAGUACUCGGAUAAUAUGGAAUAUCGAAAAAUUGUGGAAAGAAAAUUCCUCUUUCAAACUAUAACGAACGGAGCUUUCAGCGUCGAUACGUUCUUCUUCAUGGGAGGCUUACUCGUGAGUUUCCUCUACUUCAGGACAAACGCGAAAGGAGACUUGAAUAAACUUACGCAGGGCACACGGGGCAUCGUCGCAGGUGGCCUCAAGUUCAUCGGUCUUCUCAUGUACCGAUUUUGUAGACUCACAGCUCCCUACAUGUUCAUACUCGGAGUUAAUCAAAUCGUAAUGAAAUGGUUUCAUUCGAAUUCCGUGUUUGAACCACCGACCGCGGAUCAUUACAACUGUCCCAACUACUGGUGGAGGAAUUUACUCUAUAUCAAUACUUUAUUCCCGGUAGACCAAAUGUGCAUGAUUUGGAGCUGGUAUGUUGCGGAUGAUACUCAAUUUUACAUUAUUGGCGCCGUGAUAUUAGUUUUAGCGACAAACCACUUUAAAAUUGCAACCUUCGCGAUGACUACUUUACUACUAAGCUCCUGGAUAACAACAGGAUACAUUGCUUUGAUAAAUAAUCACAUGCCAAGCUCGGACGACCCGUUGGCGCUUUUCGAUAAGAUCUACGAUAAACCAUGGACUAGAUUAGGUCCUUAUCUUAUAGGCAUGUCGGUAGGAUACUUCCUUUUCAAGACUGAUUGCAAAAUAAAAAUGUCCAAGACGACAAUUUGCAUAGGAUGGCUCCUUUCUUCGGCAUCUCUUUCAAGUUUAUUGUAUGGUCUGUACGAAACAGAACUUAGUCCUAUAAUGGCAGCUAGUUAUUCUUCGUUAAGUCACAGCGUAUGGGCGCUUGGUUUAUCGUGGAUCGUCGUUGCAUGUAGCACAGGUUACGGAGGAUACGUGAAUAGUAUUCUGUCAGCACCGAUUUUAUAUCCAGUUAGCAGAAUAACGUAUUGCGCUUACUUGGUACAUCCGCUUGUGAUUCGAAUGACGCCUAUGAACUUGGACUCACCACUUCAUUUAGGAAAAUAUACCAUGAUGAUCACUUUUUUUGGAGCACUGGUUUCAUCGUAUAUAUUAUCAUUUAUCAUAUCGGUAUCCUUCGAAGCUCCUAUUGUGAGCAUGUUAAAGAUACUUUCCCCCAAAAAACGGAAACGCAUACAAUGAUGCAAUGACGCGAUUAUUUGGCAUACUAUAUUUCUAACUAAAAUUAUUUGUCUUUAUUGUAUGUAAUUAAUGUAAAGAAGAAAUUAGGAAUCAGUGAGAAAAUGUAGACGCGUGCGUAUAAAAAUUAAGCACAAUUAUGCAUUAUUACACUAUUCUGCAUAGUAAUGUAAGUAUUUUGCGUAGUGUUAAGGUUACUAUGUAUUAUUACUUAUAAAAUAAAUUAUUUACCUUUGUA